CCGCGCUGAAGCAGAUAAUUAGCCUAAAGGCACCAAUAUGGCGGAGGCUUCCUUUGGAAGUACGAGCCCAGUUGGCUCUUUGUCUUCGGAAGAUCAUGAUUUUGACCCCACAGCGGAGAUGUUAGUCCAUGAGUACGAUGAUGAACGGACCCUGGAAGAGGAGGAGCUGCACGAGGGAAAUACCAACAUCAGCGCAGAAAUAGAGGAUUUACAGAAGGAGGGUAAUAUGCCUUUGGAGGAGCUGCUAGCUAUUUAUCGUUACGAGGCAUCGGUCAGUACUAUUGGGGGGUCUAGUGUAGACAGCUCUUCAGGGGAACUGACAGACGAACUACCUGAUAUGACCUUAGACAAGGAGGAGAUUGCAAAAGACCUGCUCUCCGGGGAUGACGAAGAGACUCAGUCUUCAGCGGACGACCUCACCCCGUCAGUCACCUCACACGAAACCACUGACUUCUUCCCAAGAACUCUCAGAUCAAACGCUAUUUACGACGGGGACAAAGAGUCAGAGGGGGAAGAGGAUGGCGUGAGUCCGGAAGACUCCAGAAAGGAGAUAAUGGUGGGGUCCGAGUAUCAAGCUGAGAUUCCGGCCCAGCUCUGCUGCUAUGGAGACAAUGAAAAAGUGUACUGCGAGGAGGACCAGUUGCUAUGGUGUCCGGACAUCUUGCCGGAGAGCAAAGUGAGAAACUUCCUGUGCGAGGCGUCUUUGCGGGGUACGGACGGAAAGAUGGAGGGGGCGCCGGACCGAGGUCACAUCCGAGACAACGAGCAGGCUUUGUAUGAGCUCAUGAAAUGCAACUACAACAUCCAUGAUGCACUGGAACGGUAUCGGAACAGUGCAGCUUCCUCAAAGGAUGAAAUGCUUCCUUGGUCUGAGGAAGAGUGCAGAAGUUUCGAACACGCACUUCUUCUGUACGAAAAGAACUUUCACCUGAUACAGAAACACAAGGUGAAGACGAGGACGGUGGCCGAAUGCGUGGCCUUUUACUACAUCUGGAAGAAGUCGGAGCGCUUUGACUACUUCGUCCAGCAGAACCGCUUCGGGAAGAAGAGAUACAGCGCCUAUCCGGGUGUCACGGAUUUGAUGGACAGGCUGGUGGACGAGGCGGAGGGCUUGGUGGCGGACAGCUCUGCUGCGGCGUGUCCCGGUGGUGUCAGGCUCGAACCCUCAGCCGACCAGCAGCUCAGCAUCCUCAACUCCAUCACAGCCAGCGACCUCUCAGCACUGACCAACAGCGUGGCGACGGUGUGCAACCCCUCGGACGUGAGCUGCCUGGACUCCUACAGCUUCCCUCCCCUGGAGAGCCUCCACCGGGGGGCGCUCUCGCACGAGGAGCCGCUGGGCUUCCCCGGCAACGGCGACGGCGACUGCCUCAACCUCCUGGACGCCGGCUUCUACCACUCGGACCUGAGCGGCCUGGGCGUGUGCGGCGGUGGCGAGGACCUGGAGAGGCCGUCCAAGCGGCUAAAGAUGGGCCUGGCGGAGCCCUUCGCCGCCGACGUUUCGGUGGGCGCCCUGGGGGCGGGCUUCGACGGCCGCGCCCACCACAUCACCAGCGCCAAGAUGGCCGUGUCCGUCACUGACUUCGGCAGCCUGGCGGCCGGCGAGCCCAACGGGUUCAUGGGACCGCACGCGCUGCGCCAGCACACGCACGCACACACGGCGCUGCCGUCCGAGUGACCUCACCACAAGCCCCGCCCCCAAAAACCUGUACAUACUCAUUCACUGGAAACUUUAUUUCUUUUUUUUUUUUUAAGUAUAUAUAUAUAUACAGUAUAUAUAUAAUAUAAAUAUAUAUAAAUAUUUUUUUUCUUUUUUUACUAUGACAUCAGUGAUGUCUUUUAUUGUUAUAGAGCUAAAUCUUGAUUUCUCAAGAGUUAAUAUAGCCAUUUAUUUUUCAGUCCUCGAUUGGGAAAUGUCAUACAUAUGUGUUCGUAUACUGUGGGAACUGAAUAUCGUGGUGUAAAUUCCAGAUCUGUAGUUUUUUUUUCCUCGUUCGUUAUUCCUACGAGCAUCCCAACGUUUUAAAAACAAACAAAAAAACUGUAAACUUACCACCACACCUUUAACCAAUGAAAGGUUUUUCUUGCCACUAAGAAUGGCUGCCAUAUACUUUUCUUUCUUCUUCAUUGGUACUUUAGAGUAUCAGUGUUUACAGGUCCCAAGUCCAGACCCUGGCUGAUGUAGCAUUUUAUACAAGAGGGUCCAUGUUUUUAUAUUUUAAGGAAAUGCACACAUUUGUGCAAGACUUUCUUCUGCGGAGCCUUUGUGUACUAGAAGGAGCACUUCAGAUUCUUAAAAAGGCAAGGUUUUUUCCCCCUGAGUUUUGUUUGUCUGUGGAAACAAGUGGUACCAGGACUGUGUCCGGGGGGGGAUUGAGGGGUUGGGCAUGUUUGGUUUUCUAACAAAGUUUAGUUUGCUCACCCCCAUCCUACUGAGCAAGAAGCUUCACUGCCAGGUUCCUUUGCGAAAUUUCGAUAUUUUCUACGAAUUCAUUUCCAAGUAUGUAACUUGUGAUUAUGGUUGUUUUUAACUUGUCUUUGAUGGGAACACGGUCUUGUCGGAGACACCUGGGGAAAGUCAUCCAUUGGCUGCACAGCCCACCUGGUUGAAAUACUCUCAUUUUUAAAUUGACAGAGCCAGUGUCAAUAAUAAUCCAGCUGAUAUCAG